GAUCAAACGUUUGUUUUACAACUUGCAAAAUAAAAUGUCUCAAUAUCACCUCUGCUAACUCUUCAUUCUGAUAUCGAUAUCAUGACCUCCAAGGAUGGUUUGUCCUGCCUUGAUUCAACCGUAGUCACACCUCAUGACAGCUUUGCAGUGCUCGUUGGUGUCAUCGGUGGUAGUGGGCUAUAUCAUCUUGAUAACCUGACUUUCGUGGAGAAAGUUAACCCAGAAACUCCUUGGGGAUACCCAUCUUCGCCCAUAACCAUUUGCUCGCUACCUUCAGGAUCCAAGAUCGCUUUCCUCGCUCGUCACGGGCAUCACCACUCGAUUGCACCCUCAGCAGUCCCUUCUCGCGCCAAUAUCGCCGCUUUGAAGUCUUUGGGAGUCCGAGUUAUUCUCGCAUUCAGUGCUGUCGGCUCUCUCCGCGAAGAAAUCACCCCAGGAUCUUUUGCCAUUCCUACCCAGAUCAUCGAUCGCACGAAAGGCAUACGUCCGGCUAGCUUCUUUGAGGGCACGAAGAUCGUCGCUCAUGCUGCUUUUGGUGAUCCAUACAGCAUGAAGUUGGCCCGCUGGCUGGAGGUGCGAGUAGAGAAGGCUCUUGCAGACGAAGGCCGAGGAGUGGUUCUCCACAGGGAUAGGUGCAUCGUUUGCAUGGAAGGUCCUCAGUUCUCCACCCGGGCCGAGAGUAUCAUGUAUCGAGCGUGGGGUGGAGAUCUCAUUAAUAUGAGCGCUUUGCCCGAGGCGAAGUUAGCUCGGGAGGCGGAAAUGAGCUACGCGUUAAUCGCAACUGCCACAGACUACGAUUCAUGGCGGCCUCAUUCUGAGGCAGUCACUGCUGCGGAAGUGUUCAAGACCCUGCAGGAUAAUGCUAAUACAUCGAGGCAUGUUGCAGCUGCUGUUCUUGAAGACCUUCACGCUGCCGCGUUGGAUGGGGACAUUCUGAGUGAAGAAAAGGGCAGCAUGCGUUUUUCCAUCAUGCCGAGAAGUGGCGAACAGGACCAGGAAGAUAUCAAGAAGCUGGCUUUCAUACUACCCGACUAUUUCACGAUAGGCGAUGUUGCUAACUAGAUGCUAUCAUCUUAGUGUUGGCCUAGAGUGGUGUGCAGAUUCACCUACGAUCUGGGUUUUCUUAAAUACCAUAUAUCUCCUUCAAAAAUCAAUCAUUUCACCGCCUGGCAAUCCACAUGUGGGAAGAGCUCUCGGCAGGUGUUGGCAUAGCAUACCGGCUUGAAAGUAGAUGCGAAGUAGUAAGACUACUAGUACUAGUUUGUUCUACCGAGUUAACUUUCUUCGGUAGUUAUUGUAAGGAUCCGAAUAAG